AAUCUGAGAUCCUACUAUAGUGGAUGCAAGCAGCUUUUGAAAGUAAAAAUGAGGAGGAGCUUUGCUUGUUAAUCACACUGAUGUGGUGCAUUUGGAAAUCACGUAAUGAAGUGGUUUGGAAGGAAAAGCAGGCCAAUGUUGAACAAAUCAUUAACGCAUGUGCAGCAGUGCUAAACGGAUGGAGAGCGGCACAACAAUCUGCUACACAGGAUUCAAUAAGGCAAAAAGAGGAUGAAAGAUGGGAACGGCCAACUGAAGGGGUGAUAAAAAUAAACGUGGAUGGGGCGGUGGAUGCUAAUAGGGGAAUGAGAGCUUGGGGCUGGUUAGCAUGUGAUGAGGAAGGCAGAUUCAUUCGAGGAGGUUGUGUUGGAAAAAUUGAGAGUAUUUCAAAUGAAUAAAGUUUUUUUUUGUUUUAAUUGUUUUGUUCACUUUUUAAUUUAAUUAGAUUUUACAAAUAAAACUUUUGCACAUGCAUUUAUUCUAUUCUUUUUGGUUAGCAUUUUAAUCUUAAUCAAUUUUCCAAAUUAAUGAUGGUACGUUACAUUUUUUGAUCAUCUGUUGAAUAUUAAUUAACAUUGCAUUAAUGAACAAAUUCAAUUGAGCUUAUGUCAAAACGGUUUUGUGAGCUCUAGCUUUUACUACAUAUUAUUAAGUUGCCUUGGCUAGCAUAUUAUAUAUAUGCAUGUGCGCGUAGAGAAAAAGCAGUGUUUUUUUUGGCGUUCAGAUUUCAAUCGUUUUUGCUCUUAAGGAAAAUAUUACUCUUCAUACUUAGUAGCCGGACAAAAAUUACUUUUGAGUUGAACAUCCCCUAAUAUAUACUACUCUGCUUGAUUAAUUUUAUUUUAAUCUCGUUGUUCUGUUACCGGCAUAAGCCGAAGAGCUCGUUUUAUCUUGGGGAAAGGUUUUCGCUAGUCGGAAAUACUUUCUUGAGGACAGCGUUUACGCGACUCGAGCUAUAUUAUUUUUCUAACGCUGUUUUGCAGGUUUAUCCGGCCAAUUUCCUCCAACAAUCUCAAGAAAGUAAUUCGCGUCGGAUAUGCCUGCACAUAUCAACUCACAAGGCGUUGCCGCCGCACUCAUCGGAGCUAUGUUAUCUCUACUUGUGCGUUGAGAAGUAGCCUGUGAUACACCCGCAUGGGGAGCCGUAUUAAUCGGAUUAACGCUCAGAAAAGUCAUUGUGUACAAUUAAAGGUUUAUCCGGCCAAUUUCCUCCAACAAGUUGGGAGGCCUGUCGGGCAAAUUGGUUUGCAGCAGCUACAGAAGCCGUUGGAGUAAGAGAGGCAUGCAUUUGGGCUAAAGAACAAGGAUGGUCUAAAGUAGAAGUCGAGACAGACGCUUUACAAGUGUUCUCACGACUGUCGGAAGAUAACGUGGAUUCUUAUUUUGAUCUUAUUAUUGAUGACAUUAGACACAUACUUCAAUCUGAAGCUAGUUUUUCAGUCAUGUUUUGCAGACGAUCCGCGAAUCGAGCAACCCAUGUACUUGCAAGGGCAGCCGUUUCCAGUGCGGGUGGUAAAUUAUUAUUUAGUUCUAUUCCGAAUUGUAUCUGUAGCCAUGUAGCGAAUGAUACCUUAAUUCAUUAAAAAAAGCUGGUAUUUUAAUUGCAAAUAAUAAUAAUAAUAAUAAAAUAUGGUCAGGUCUGGUUUGGUCUGAUCUGAAGUUUUAUUUUUUAUAUUUUUUGCAUAAAGAUUUUAUUUUAUAUAUAUAUAUAUUACAAUCCAUAAAUAAUUAUAUUUUAUUCAUUUAUAAUUACAAAUAAUAAUAAAAAUAAUAGUAAUUAUAGUAAUAAUACUAAUAAUAAUAAUAACAAUAAUAAUAUAUGGUCUGGUGUGGUCUGGUAUGUUUUAGUCUGGUCUGAUCUGAUCUGAUCUGUUUUGGUCUGGUCUGGGAUGAAUUACAGUCGACGUAAAAACAACCUAGCUAACUCAAUUGGCGUUUCGCCUCAAAACUAGUUUGUGAAACACAUUUUACCCAACCCCAAAUUGAUAAAUAUUUUUUUAUUUUGCAUUAUUUUGGAAAAACUCGUUUAAGGUCGUCUUAGAUUUAAAAAAAAAUGUUUAAUAAUAUGCAGCACUUUGAAGUUCAAUAUGCAAUAAAAAUAAGGUAAAGAUGCAGGGUGAGAUCACAUACAAAC